AUGGCUGUGCUUGGAGCUGCUCUGCUUCUAGCCUUGGCACUGGGCUGUGGCCUCAUCUGGUUGAGGUCAAGGAGGCUAUCGAAGGAGAUGAGAGACAUCCCUGGAACAAUGGGCUGGCCUGUCGUCGGCGAGACCGUCUCCUUCAUCUCCGACUUCUCGAGCCCGGCCGGCAUUCUGAGCUUCAUGCGUGACAGACAGAAGAGGUUCGGCAAGGUGUUCAAGACGUAUGUUCUUGGGAGGAUCACGGUGUUCAUGACGGGGAGGGAGGCGGCCAAGAUCCUGCUGUCCGGGAAGGACGGCGUGGUGAGCCUCAACCUGUUCUACACCGGCAAGCAGGUGCUCGGGCCGACCAGCCUCCUCACCACCAACGGCGAGGAGCACAAGAAGCUGCGGCGCCUCAUCGGCGAGCCGCUCUCCAUUGACGCGCUCAAGAAGUACUUGGACUUCAUCGACGACCUCGCCGUCCAGACGCUCGACACCUGGCUCGGCAGAAGAGUUCUUGUGCUCGAGGAGGCCUCUUCUUUCACGCUCAAGGUGAUCGCCAACAUGCUGAUGAGCUUGGAGCCAGAGGGAGAGGAGCAGGAGAAGUUUCGCGCCAAUUUCAAGAUCAUAUCGUCUUCCUUCGCGUCGCUGCCUCUCAAGAUCCCUGGAACUGCAUUUCACCGCGGCCUCAAGGCCAGGAACCGGAUGUACGCGAUGCUGGACUCGGUGAUCGCCAGGAGAAGGGACGGCGGCGAGGUCCGCAACGACUUCCUCCAGACGCUCCUGCGGAAGCACGCCGCCGCCGGCGUCGGCGCCGACGACGACGGCAGAGACGCGGAUAAGCUGACGGACGCGCAGCUCAAGGACAACAUCCUGACGCUGCUCGUCGCCGGCCACGACACCACGACGGCGGGGCUGACGUGGCUCAUCAAGUUCCUCGGCGAGAACCCGGAGGUCCUGCAGAAACUCAGAGAAGAACACCUGGGGAUCAAGGAGAGGCUGGAUGGCUCAUCAUCACAUCUCAGAUGGUCAGAUGUGAACACCAUGCCUUACACCAACAAGGUGAUGAACGAGACACUGAGGAGAGCAACCAUCCUGCCAUGGUUCUCACGGAAAGCAGCGCAGGACUUCAGCAUUGAUGGGUACGAGAUCAAGAAGGGGACGUCGGUGAACCUGGACGUGGUGUCGAUCCACCAUGACCCGGCCGUCUUCGCCGACCCCUACAAGUUCGAUCCCAACAGAUUCGAUGAGACGUUGAAGCCGUACAGCUUCCUGGGAUUCGGCAGCGGGCCACGGAUGUGCCCCGGGAUGAGCCUGGCGCGCCUCGAGAUCUGCGUCUUCAUCCACCACCUCGUCUGCAGAUACAGCUGGACGCCGCUAGAAGACGACGACUCGGUGCAGCCGACGCUGGUGCGCAUGCUCAGGAACAAGUACCCCAUCGUCGCCGCCGCCAUCUGACAACUUCAUCAUCAAAGACGAGCCAUUGCCAGUGAACAGCACGAGAUGCUCUUAGAUCUUUGUAUACAGGAUGGCAAAUCUACUAAGACGUAAUGAAUUAUAUUUGUAGUUUCAUGCAUCAAUCGGCUUAGCACAAUCUUUGGAAUCCUGUAAAUUGUCAGUUACUUACUCCAGACAUCCUAUGUCAUACAUGUACAGCCCGCGAGUUCAAUACGUAAUCAAAAUUCAGAAUAACAAAAUGACUAGUUCUAUACUCUUCUAUAGUUGAUAUUUCUGCUGUUUUGUUGAAAAAAAAGCUGAGUCUUAAAUCCCUCUCCCCACAAAGGUAGCAGUUGCCCAAGAAAUAAAGUAGUGGCAGCAGCUACUCCAGUGGUAAAGUGACAAGGAACAGCAACCAGGUAGCGUCGCUCAGGUAUUCAGGUCGAAGAAACAUGAUCGUAAAGUGACAAGGAACCGCAACCAGGUAGCAUCGCUCAGGUAUUCAGGUCGCAUAAAACAUGAUCCAGCAGUGCAGUAACAAGCAGUAGCAAGGAACGGGACAACCCAGGAAGCAACGCAACCGCAGC